AUGGCCUCGGUGCGGGGAGCAUGGCUGGAGCCGGCGCGGCGGCAGGACCGGGCCCCGGAAGCACGGCAGCUGAAGGCCUGGCGCUCGUGGGAAGGGAACCGAUCCUCAGGGGGAACGAUUGGGGUUUGGCUGAACGCUUAUGGCAUUAAGACGGGUGAGGCCAAUUUGAGGCUCGUCUGCCCCGUGCUACGGAAGCAAGAAAAGAAGCGGGCCUUUGUUGGGGGUGCGGAGGCCGUUGCCGGGGGUGCUGGCCUAUAUCGGAAGGGCAGCAGCGAGGCCAUCGCGUGGUGGGGCAGGGGAGCUCGCAUAGAGCGCGCCAGCUGUAGGCAGGUUGGGGUGGUGGCGGAGCUUCACAGGAAGGUCAGCAAGAUGGAGUCAGUUCUGCCGUUCCUAGUUUCAAAGGUGCUCAUGUGGCGUGACGGUUCCACUGCAACGCACAGCAAGUCGGCGAAAGACCGCAAGACAUCUGAACUGAAGUCGCAGCUGCAGUGUGCGGGGGUGAAGGGCUGCCAGCUCCUGGGGGAAGGCAUCCCCCCCAACUGCGUCAGCCUUGCGCACCUGUGCAAGCUAUCUUGGGCGGAUGGCACGUGCCACCUGCUGGGCUUGUCCAAGGAGGACGUCUCAUCACCGCGCAACGCGUUGCUGCUGUCCAAGCCCAUCGAGCGCGCCUACGACAACUCGGCUGUUUGCUUCUACGAGGACCCAGCGGACAAGAAGCUCAAGCUACACAUCCUGUGGGACGAGCUCAAGUCGCAGAAGCUCGCUGACUGCCAGUGGCUGGGAGGGCCCAAGGGCAAGGGCUAUGCUGAGUUGACCAAUGCGUUCGGCGACACAACAUACGGCGACCUGGAGGCGCGGCCCCUACAAUACUACAGCAGCACGGUGGUCCCCUUUCGCCGCGUGCUCAGCGCCCAUGCGCAGCUGAGCCUCAACCUGGCACAGCGGGAUGGCAAGAUGGCUGGGAGCUGGACCUUCCAGGACUAUCGCUCCAUAGAAAACGUCCUCACCUGGCUUCGAACUGCAGAGCUGCAGGAGCCGCCCAUAGCAGGCAGCGUGUCGGAGUUGGCGGAGGUCAUGAGCAUGAGCAGUGCUCCCGCUGCACUGUAGGCAUUGUCGUAGGGGCUUGCCAUUCUCUUGCCGCAGUCGCAGCCGAGCUGGGUGGCAAACUCUCGUGCAGCACAGCCUCAUGGCGCGGUGCUUGCUGGCCGCCAUGCAGGACGUGGCAGGAGGCUGGCUGGCAGCGGCAACGUGCAGCCGCCAGCAGCGACUGCUGCGCACAGGGCUGUACGACUAGGCUGUGGCGGCGGGGCGGUAGCUGCAGCCGCGCACGGAACCGCGUGGCGGCGCUGCUGGUGGUGCUUGGUGUGCGGGCCUGGUGGCAGGGUGUCUAGGCACCGCCGAGGGUGGAAUCGUGGUUGCUUACCAAGGCCGUGCGGCGCCUGCACCUAUAAGG